AUGAGCCAAAGGUUCUUGGCCCUAAAGGCUUUCGCCCCGCAAAUCUACACGCAUGAGGCGGUGAUCCAGUUUUACGGUUUCGCUUUGCAAACACGUAUGGCCGUGAUUUGCCUUGAGGGUCGGCGAUUGUGUCUGUAUUCGCCAACUCCUCUGACAGACGCGGUGGCCGCAGACCUGGAGACCCUAGGAAGUGUGGAGAUGGUCGUGUCACCCAACAAAAUUCACAACCAGACGCUCCAGGCAUACUGUGCCAAGUACCCGAAUGCUUUAUUGUGUGCUCCAGCGGGCCUGCGGGAGCGACAGCCGCAUCUCUCUGUGGCCGUGGUGCUCAGCUCGGGCAUGGACUUUCCAACGGAUGCUGGGGGCUGGGGUCAGGAAUUGGAGGUUUUGGUGACUGCUGGCAACUGCUUCUUCGAGGAAGCAAUCCUCUACCACCGCCAGUCUGGGACAGUCCUAGUAGGUGAUUUCGUCGAGAACCUGCGGCCUGCAACCACCCCCGGGUGUUGUGGAGGCCCCCUGGCGCGCGCGAGUCGACUUGCAGGACGGCCCAUGCCAUCGCCGGAGUUCUGGAUUUACACGCACGACGCAGCGGCUUUGGAGAGAUCGGUUGAGAGAACUGCCGAAUGGGUGAUUCACCGUAUCUUCCUUUGCCAUGGUAGCACCGUCGAAGGUGAGGAUGCAGCCAAAGUUUUUGAUUCCGUUGUCAGCGAGCUGGCAAGCUGGGCACGAAGAUGGGGGGACUGGCAAGCGCAUCGCAAUGCAAGGGAGGCUGCGCAGGGAAUCUUCAUCCAGAUCACGGGCAGAGCGUCGGAGACCGGUGGGGAGCGCAUGGACUGGCAUUCUUUCGUGAGCUACCUACGAAGGCAAGCUCGUGCAGGAAUGCCCGAGGAGCCGAUCGCCGAGGUGCCUGUGCCAGAGAACCCCCUGCCGGAUCCGAAGGUCCAAAAUCAGGACAUCCUCCGCAACGUGACGGAUGCGAUCCGGGCAACGGCUGCGGAAGCCAUAAGUACAUUGAGCAGUGUGGGCCACAACUGGUUCGGUGCGAAGGAUUCGAGCUCUGAGCGAGGCUUUGGCGGCUAUGCUGGUUACGCCCCAGGUCCUCCCGAGGAUAAGGUGCUGCGGCACUUGUUGGAGAUGGGCUAUGAAGAGCCUGCCGUGAAUGCGAAAGUCUUGCAAUGGUGCAGGCAGCAGAGCUGCACCGCCAUCCAGCUGGAUGAUCGCCUGUAUACGGAGCUUGACAGGCAAUAUGCCCAUCUUCGAGCGAGGCGUGCUGCCUCUCCGGGUCGAGCACUUCAGGCAGCGAAGCCAGUGCUGGCGCCCAAGAGCGAAUCAGGUUGA